GUGAAUUAAAAAGCAACCCCGCGUCGAUUCGACAAGGAAUAACCAGAUCAAGAGCAGUUAUUCUCGAGUUUUUUCAGAUACAUUCAUCUAAUUUGGAAGAUUUUGAACACUUUGAAUUAUCUAAUUUCUUUUUCUCUUAUAAUCCUCACGCACGAACCAUGGCCUUUGCCGGCCAAACACCCACAAUUAUUGUGUUGAAAGAGGGGACGGACGCUUCACAAGGAAAAGGUCAGAUUAUCUCGAAUAUCAAUGCUUGCGUUGCUGUGCAGUCGACCAUCAAGAGCACUCUUGGACCAUACGGCGGUGAUUUGCUUCUUGUCGACUCCAACGGCAAGCAGACAAUCACAAACGAUGGCGCGACUGUAAUGAAGUUACUGGAUAUCGUCCACCCCGCAGCUCGUAUCCUUACCGAUAUUGCUCGCUCGCAAGACGCUGAAGUUGGCGAUGGUACCACGUCGGUUGUUGUUUUGGCCGGAGAGAUUUUGAAAGAGGUUCGGGAUUCUGUUGAGCAAGGUGUUAGCACGCAAACGAUUAUCAAGGGCCUUCGACGAGCAAGUGUUAUGGCGGUCAACAAGAUUAAGGAGAUUUCGGUCGAUAUGUUGGAAGCUUCCGGUAGCGAGGAGAAGAAGAUUGAGACUCUUAGACGUCUUGCUGGUACGGCGAUGAACAGUAAAUUGAUCAAGAGGAAUUCGGAUUUUUUCACAAAGAUGGUCGUCGACGCUGUCUUGUCCCUUGAUCAGGAGGAUCUCAAUGAAAGACUUAUCGGUAUCAAGAAGGUUCACGGUGGUGCUCUUCAAGAUUCGCUCUUUGUGGAUGGCGUCGCUUUCAAAAAAACAUUUUCGUACGCCGGUUUCGAACAACAGCCCAAAUCCUUCAAGAACCCCAAGAUUGUCUGCUUAAACGUCGAAUUGGAACUCAAGAGCGAAAAGGACAAUGCCGAAGUGCGGGUUGAGCAGGUCUCUGAAUACCAGGCUAUCGUGGAUGCGGAGUGGCAGAUUAUCUACAAUAAAUUGGAGGCUCUAUACAAGACUGGUGCAAAGGUUGUCCUAAGCAAAUUACCUAUUGGUGAUUUGGCUACACAAUACUUUGCCGACCGUGAUAUAUUCUGUGCCGGCCGUGUUGCUUCUGAGGAUAUGGAGCGUGUUUGCCAGGCUACCGGUGCUUCAGUACAGUCCACUUGCUCCGACAUCCAGGAACGCCAUCUCGGUACUUGCGGUGCCUUUGAGGAGCGACAGAUUGGCGGAGAGCGCUUCAACUUCUUUUCACAAUGCCCAGCUGCCAAGACAUGUACCCUCGUCUUGCGUGGUGGUGCAGAACAAUUCAUUGCCGAAGUUGAGCGAAGCUUGCACGAUGCCAUCAUGAUCGUCAAACGAGCGAUCCGCAAUCCAACCAUCGUCGCCGGCGGUGGUGCCUGCGAGAUGGAAUUGUCUGGAUACCUCCACGGCUUUGCUGAUCGCAACGUUCCUCACAAACAGCAAGCUGUUGUAAAGGCAUUCGCCAAGGCCCUCGAGGUGAUUCCUCGACAGCUGUGUGACAACGGCGGCUUUGACGCUACCGACAUUCUGAACCGAUUGCGCACUGAGCACCGAAAGGGUAAUGUCUGGGCUGGUGUAGACUUUGAUCAUGAAGGGAUCCGGGAUAAUAUGGAGGCUUUUGUCUGGGAGCCGAGUUUGGUGAAGGUCAAUGCUAUCCAGGCUGCUGUUGAGGCUGCUUGUUUGAUUUUGAGUGUUGAUGAGACCAUUAAAAACGAAGAAUCUGCCCAACCUCAGGCUCCCCAGAGAGGUCUACCGCCCGGUGCAGCUCAACGGGCUCUUCGCGGCGGACGUGGACGAGGCAUGCCCAGGCGGUGAGUUUAAAAACGACACAACAUCCAUAUACAAAAGAAACGCGGAAAAAUGGUA